AUUGUUGGUGGGUGUGGGCGGCGAAUAGGGUAUCUGAGGGGUGGCAAUUACAUUCGUCUUUCUACAGAUACCCAAUAAUAACGCCAACAACGCCAUCACUUUCUCUUACUUUGUUUAUAUAUCUCUUUCUCUCUCCGUCUCUCUCUGUCUCUCUCUCUCGUGAAUCAUCACUUCGUCUUCUCCGCUUCCAUCUCAAACCAACAACAGCAACUUCAAGAUCUUCUCUGGUAAUCAUGGCAACUAUGUCAACUGUGAAGGUUUCCCCCCUUUGCUUGUUUCAAACUCCAAGCCAAAAUCAAUCCACUGUUGCUACCACAGUGAAGUGCCGUUCAUCUCUUGGGUCUGUGAAGAGUGUUUUCAGAUCAUUUGGCUUGAAGUCAUCCUCUUCAUUCAGAGCUACUGCCAUGGCUGCUUACAAGGUUAAGCUGAUUGGCCCAGAUGGAAAAGAGAAUGAGUUUGAGGCACCUGAUGAUACCUACAUCUUAGAUGCAGCAGAGAAUGCUGGAAUUGAACUUCCUUAUUCGUGCCGUGCCGGAGCAUGCUCUACCUGUGCUGGGAAGAUUGUUUCUGGUUCAGUGGAUCAGUCUGAUGGCUCAUUCUUGGAUGACAAUCAACUGAAGGCAGGCUAUCUGCUUACCUGUGUCUCCUAUCCAACUUCAGACUGUGUAAUUGAAACUCACCAGGAAGGAGAACUCUACUGAGAAAUGCUGGUCUGAAAGUUAAACCAUUGCUUGAGGAAACUGGUAGUUUAAGGUAGACUUUGCAGCUAUUUUGCUUGUUCUGCUUUAGAAUCAGUCUUUCUUUUGGGAUUUUUAGUUAUUUGGGAUAAUGAAUUUUUGUUUGUGCAAGCAAGCACUGUGAUAUUAAGAUGAUAAGCACCUUCGCCUGGCAUUUAAAUGUGAUAAGUGAUGUCUCUAAUGUGCUCCAUUAAAAUGGUGUGUCCCCACUUUAUAGCUCUUU